UCACUGCUCUCAGAUAAUUCUUUUCUCACUCAUCAGCUCAGCUCAAAAACUUGAUUGACCUCAGAUUUAUUUUAAUUAAGUUAUAAAUUUGCCUAAGAGCUUUUUCUUCUCUUGAUGUUUUAUUGAAAAUGAAGUUAAAUCCAACACCUGGUAAACAAUAACUUUCUAAAGAGGUGCCUUUGUCUCUUGUAAGAAAAAAACAUGUGCUGUGGGAAUGACUGGAAUAAUUUUAAUUAAAACACACUUUUCCUUUCCUUGCUUGUGUUAUCCAUGUGCACGUGCUGCUUGUGUUCAAAAUCAGGGGAUGGAGUGACCCUGGAGCUGUUGGGGUUCUCCUGUGGGAAGGCAGGAGGGGGAUGGAGCUGAGGAGGGGAUGGAGCUGAGGCAGGACAAUUCUCUAUUGGCCACACCCAGAACAACCAUCACUGCACAGAGGGACUGAACCCUGCCAAAACCACAGUGAAGGUGUUCCCAGCCCGCCCUCCUCAUUCCACAGCAUCCCAAAUUUAUGGACCUCAAAGCCCACCCAGUGCCACCCCCUACACCUCGGGAGCAGCUCUCACAUGAGGAAGGGCUAGCUAUCCCAGCACGUUCAUGACUGUUAAGCAACGAUCUGGGGUUCCUGAAUUCCUGUAAUCACUGUUAAUCACAGUAGGGUAAUUAACACCCCUGAAGGUGCUCGGGGCGGGAUUCGAACCCGCCGUCUCGGCAUCCGCUCGGUCCGGCCCGCUUAGUGGCGUCACGCGCCGCGUGCGCCCGCCUCGGCCAAUCAGAGGCCGCCGGCAGAUUCGAACGGCGGGGCGGCGGCGGCCGUUGCGCGCGCGGCGGGGCCGGCAGGGGGCGCUGCGCUGCCCGGCUGAGGGGCCGCCAUGGCCGGGCCGGGACCGGGACAGGGACCGGGACCAGGGCCGGGACCGGGGCCGUACCGCGCCACGAGGCUGUGGAACGAGGUGACGCGCCGCUUCCGCGCCGGCAUGCCCCUGCGGCGGCACCGCCUGCGCCUCCGCUCGCACGGCAGCUGCUUCACGGCCGCCGAGGCCGCCGACUGGCUGCACCAGCUGCUCCGCGGCCACAGCAGCUUCGGGCCCGACGUCACCCGGCAGCAGACCGUGCAGCUCCUGCGGAAAUUCCUCAAAAACCACGUCAUCGAGGACAUCAAGGGCCGCUGGGGAGCCGAGAACCUGGAGGACAACGGCGCCCUGUACAGAUUUCCUCCAACCUCUCCAGUCAAACCUCUACCAAGCCCACCAAGGGAGAACUUGGAAAACUUCUCUGGAGACAAAGGAAAGCUUUUUAAACUGCCCAGCUCAUCCAAAAGGGGUUUGAAGAAACAGGAGUUCCUGCAGUCUGUGGAAAACUUAGCAAGACCAAAAGCUGAUGUAACAGAAGAAAAGAAGGAAGGCACACUGCCAAGGAGGGAAAUAAGCCAGGAAUAUGUGCAGGAAACCUGGAGAAAUAUCAUCAGGAUACAUUUGCAAACCAUUUUGGGACUGCCCUCGUUGGAGGAGGUUCUGCAGCCAGCCCAGAUCAUCCCUGAGUUUGUCAUGUACAACAUGAGCAACACCAGCAGACACGGGGUGGUGAUCCUGCAGGACAAAGCAGAGGACCUCCCUCACUGGGUGCUGUCAGCCAUGAAGUGCUUGGCCUACUGGCCCAGGAACAAUGACAUGAGCCAAGCCACCUACAGUGGCUUUGAGCGGGACGUGUUCAGAACAGUUGCUGAUUAUUUUCUCAGUCUUCCAGAGCCAUUGCUUACUUUUGAGUACUAUGAGCUCUUUGUUAAUAUCCUAGUUUUGUGUGGCUACAUCCAAAUUCCUGAUCUGGGCAGUGGAAAACGUUCUGUCCAAGAGGAGAAAUGUGACCCUCAGCCUUCAAAAACUCCUCACUUGAACUCUUUCAAGUCCACUGAGUGUCUUCUCCUAAGCCUGCUCCUCAAAGAGUCUGAUAAGAAGGAGAAAGGAGAAGCUUCCAGGAGGUUUUCCUCAGAGGAGCUGAGAGCCCAAAACCAGCACGGGAAGAAAUGGCAGCAGCACAAACUGCCACGUCGGCAAGGGAGUGCUGGGAGCCUGGUAGGAGGGAGCUGCCAGAAUCUUGCAGGAUCCAGGAAUGCCCAAGAGCCACCUGGAGCAUUUAGGACAAGGUGUUACUCCUUGGAAAGAAUUGGAGCUGCUGCUUCAAGUGUGUGUGACACAGGAGGAGGUGUGAGCACCACUAGGAGGAGUGGAGAGCUGCUGGAGGAGCACAGAGUGGCCUCGGGGGUGGAGCCGGGCUGGGGUAGCUCAGGCCCAGCCCAGGGCCCCAGGAGAGUGCCUGGCCCGUGCCCCUGGGCUGAGGAGCUGUGGCAUGGCAGCCACACAGCCCGGGCCCCGCUGGGCAGGAGGAGCUCCAGGAGCUGCAGCGCCAUCAACAGAGCCAGUGCUGAGAUCCCAGCGCAGCCCCAGCCCCGGGGGCAGCCCAGCCCCUCGGUGGCCUUCAGCACCCAGCAGAGACUCUGCAGGAGCAGCACAGAGCUGUCAGGACGCUCUGUCCCCCCCUCCCCUUGUGUGCUGGCUGGCACAAAUGUCCUGCAGCCCCACCUGGAGAGAAUUGCAGUGGAGGCCCUGCAGAUCUGCUGCCUGCUGCUGCCCCCGGCGCGGCGCAGGAAGCUGCAGCUGCUGCUGAGGAUGAUGGCCAGGAUCAGUGGCAACGUUGACAUGCCACGGCUGCACGAUGCCAUGGGCAACAGGUCCCUGCUGCUGCAGACGUUUUCCCGCUGUGUGCUGCGCUGUGCGGAGGAGGAGGACCUGGAUGAGCUGCUCUCCACACGCCUGCUGUCCUUCCUGAUGGACCAUCAGCAGGACAUAUUCCAAGUGCCAGCUUACCUGCAGCUUGCUGUGCAGGAUCACCUCGAGUACAUGAAGAAGGCUCAGUGCAAACAGGAAAAAGAAGAAAUUUGUGCCAUCUUGCCAACGUAUUCCUACUGCAAACAAAUCACUCCUCAGGAGUUUGAAGAACAAAAGGUCUCCACCUCACAGGCUGCAGUGGCAGAGCUCCUGGAGAGCAUCAUCAAGGAUAAAAACCUCUCUGUGAAGGACAAAAAGAAAAAGUUGAAACAGUUCCAGAAGGAAUACCCCCAGAUCUACGGGAGCAGGUUCCCAACGACGGAGUCGGAGGCGCAGCUCCUGGAGAACAAACCCACCCUCAAGCAGCCCAUGCUGAGCCUCAGGAAACCCAAAUUCCGCAGCCUCAGGGUGGAGCAUCCUGCUGGAGGCUACAAGAAGCUCUUUGAGACAGUGGAGGAGCUGUCCUCUCCAGUGACUGCCCACGUCACAGGCAGGAUUCCCACCUGGCUGCGAGGAAGCCUCCUGAGAUGUGGUCCUGGCUUGUUUGAGGUGGGCUCGGAGCCCUUCUACCACCUCUUUGAUGGCCAGGCACUGCUCCACAAGUUCGACUUCAAGGAGGGGCACGUCACCUACCACCGAAGGUUUGUCCGGACUGACGCCUACGUGCGAGCCAUGACGGAGAAGAGGAUCGUGAUCACGGAGUUUGGCACCUAUGCCUACCCAGACCCCUGCAAGAACAUCUUCUCCAGGUUUUUCUCCUACUUCAAAGGUGUGGAGGUGACAGAUAACGCCCUGGUGAAUGUCUACCCUGUGGGUGAGGAUUACUAUGCCUGUACUGAGACCAACUUCAUCACCAGGAUUAACCCAGACACCCUGGAGACCAUCAAGCAGGUGGAUCUCUGUAAAUAUGUGUCUGUCAACGGGGCAACAGCUCAUCCCCACAUUGAGAACGACGGCACCGUUUACAACAUCGGGAAUUGCUUUGGGAAGAACUUUGCCCUGGCCUACAACAUCAUCCGGAUUCCUCCCCUGCAGGCAGACAAGGAAGACCCCAUGAACAAGUCGGAGGUGGUGGUGCAGUUCCCCUGCAGUGACAGGUUUAAGCCCUCCUAUGUCCACAGCUUUGGGCUGACCCCAAACUACAUCGUGUUUGUGGAGACACCAGUGAAAAUCAACCUCCUCAAGUUCCUCUCCUCCUGGAGCCUUUGGGGAGCCAACUACAUGGACUGCUUUGAGUCCAACGAGACCAUGGGGGUGUGGCUUCACGUGGCAGAGAAGAAGAAAGGCAGGCUCCUCAACCUCAAGUACCGCACCUCGGCCUUCAACCUCUUCCACCACAUCAACACCUACGAGGACAACGGGUUCCUGAUCGUGGACCUGUGCACCUGGAAGGGGUUUGAGUUUGUCUACAAUUACCUGUACCUGGCCAACCUUCGGGCCAACUGGGACGAGGUGAAGCGGCAGGCGGAGAAGGCGCCGCAGCCCGAGGCGCGCAGAUACGUCCUGCCCCUGAGCAUCGACAAGGCUGACACAGGGAAGAACCUGGUCACGCUGCCCUACACGACAGCCACAGCGACGCUGCGCAGUGACGAGACCAUCUGGCUGGAGCCAGAGGUGAUUUUCUCAGGGCCACGUCACGCCUUUGAAUUCCCUCAGAUCAACUACAGGAAGUACGGUGGGAAGCCGUACACGUACACCUACGGGCUGGGGCUGAACCACUUUGUCCCAGACAGGCUGUGCAAGCUGAACGUGAAAACCAAGGAGACCUGGGUGUGGCAGGAGCCGGAUGCGUACCCAUCAGAGCCGAUCUUCGUUUCCCACCCAGAUGCACUGGAGGAAGAUGAUGGGGUGGUGCUGAGCAUCGUGAUCAGCCCGGGGGCAGGGCCCAAGCCUGCCUUCCUCCUCAUCCUCAACGCCAAAGACAUGAGCGAGGUGGCCAGGGCCGAGGUGGAGGUGAACAUUCCCGUGACAUUCCAUGGCCUUUUCAAGAGAGCGUGAGCACAGACAGCAACACCUGCCCGGGCUUCCUCCAGCUCCCAAAAGGUGCAGUCUCCGUUUACAGGUGACCCAAACUCCUUCCACAGCCCUCUGCAUUUGUGGGGCUGCUUAACUCAGAUCAAGCAGUUCAGUCUUGUCAAUGAUUCUUCAAAAUGGUUAAUCAGGUAUUUUUUAAAUGUGCCCUUUGGUAUUAUUUCCAGCUAAACCACCAGAUGGGGGUGGUGGAGAGGUUCUGUUUAUGCAAAAUUAAACUUUGUAGCUGCAGCAGAGUGAAGAGGCUGAAAGAGCAGAGUUACCUCAGCACUUUCACACAUGGUAACAUUGUGUACAACUGGCUGUGGUCUGUUACAUGGUUGAGAAUUAUUAGCUGUACUGAAGGAUUCUGGAUGAAACAUCAUCCUGGUCAUUGCUGGGGUAUGCUCAGGUAUCCCAGUGGAGUUUUCCACAGCUGCUUUGGGAAUCCCAAGAGUAUGGCAGGCAGAGUUUUGUUCUUCACCCAGGCUGCAAACUGCACACCUUCCCUUGUGUGUUUUCUCCUUUCCCUUUCUUUUGUGCAAGUGCAGUUCCUUGAUUUCUGGAUUUCAUGUUAAAACAUGGACAUGAAAAAAUCAAGCAAUUGUUACCCCUUGGGCUGACUUUGCUUCUUUAGAGUGCUACAGAUGUUCAGCCUAAUCCUUCCUUCUCCCAAAGUAAACUUUCAGCUGAUGUUAAAAGAGGCUAUUGUUGAUUUAUUGUUGAUUUGGUUUUUUUAUUAAUAUUAAAAGCAGAUUUACAGUC